AUGUUUCGAUCGCUUAAAUUCGCCGGAGCAAAACUAUCAAACGCUGGUGAACACCUCAAGCGUGGCGUCCUGAGCCUGGUGUGGCCCGAGACGUCCCCGUCGUUCCGGAACAAGGGCGUUUUCACCCUUUCGUCCAUCCCGCGCCCGUUCACCAUCCGGUUGGCCAAGGCCCAGGACGACCCGCACAUAAUGCACUUUAUCCGGGAGCACUUCUACUGCCAGGAACCGCUGCUCAAAAGCCUCAAGGUCACCAAAUCGAUGGCGAACCCCUGUCUGGAGUCCCGACUCUGUGACCACCUCAGGGACGGGUUCACGAUGAUUGCGGUCGAAAACAAGGACAACCGGAUCGUGGGUGUGGCGGUGAACCAGCGGAACUGCGUCUGGGACGGGGACCUGCUGAAGCACAAGGCGGACAGCGUCAAGUGUGACUCGCUGCGGAAGCUGUUCUACAUCUGGUCGAUCGUGUCCGCCGAGCCAAAGUUGCACGAAAAGUACAACACCGAUUGCAUCUUUGAGAUCGCAAUCCUGGCGACGGCACGCGAGGCCCAAGGCCAGGGCAUCGGAUAUCAAUUAACGGUCCACUCGCUCAACCUGGCACGUGAUUUGGGCUUCGAGGUGGCCCGGAUGGACUGCACCAGCGAGUACAGCUCCCGAUUAGCGCAACGGGCCGGCAUGGAGUGCAUCUGGUCGGUGCCGUACAAACAUCUGGUGGACAACGCUAAAAAGCCGGUGGUCAAGCCGGAAGUGCCCCACACCCACAUCCGGGUGCACGCGACCCAGCUCAAGCCGACGGCGACGACGACGACCAGCAAGGGAUUGGCCUGA